GCUACACAUAAUAUCUGUGUCCUUGUGAGCCCUGACGCGUGACCUACACGACUAUUGGAGCUCUGCCACGUUGGCGUUUUGGCAAUUUUUGCUGGAGUAGGGGGCGCGUAAGGGCCGCAGCCCGGCACAUUAGCUCCUGGGGUCAUGAGGCUGGUCUCUCGCCACCUGUCGUCGCGCGCGCAGGGCCAAGUGGCCUCUCCAACCCUUAAACGGGCUCUGCAACACCCGGCCAGGUGGACGGUCCCUCAAUUUCCCCCGGCCACUCCGCACAGCCGGAGCCCUGCUACGGCAGCUCCCGGAGCCCCAGUUAGGCAAAUGAGCUCAGCGGCCAGCACAGCGCCUGCUGCGGCGGCGUCUGGGGCCUCUGCCGCAGCCGCCCCUGCUCCUUCCUCCGCCCUCACGUCCGAUCUCACCUCGGCACGCGUGGCGGUGAUGACUACCCCCGCCUGUCCCUACUGCCGCCGCGCCAAGGAGGCGCUGACGCAGGGAGGGUGGUCGUACGUGGAGGUUGACGUGGCAGCUGACGAGAAGCUGCGGCAGGCAGUGCGGGACGUGACCGGCAAGCGGACAGUGCCACAGAUCUUUGUGCGCGGGCGGGGUGUAGGCGGCUGUGAUGACCUGCUGGCCGCCAUCGCAGACGGCAGCUUCCAGCAACUGCUGGAGCAGCCGCAGCAGGGCCAGCAAGCGCACCACCAGGCGGCGGUGCCGGCGACGCUGCUGGAGGCGAUUGCGGCGGCGCGACAGCGGGCCGCAGAGGACCGCGAUGGCGGGGUCGCCGCAUCCGCCUCCAACUCGGGCGCCGCCGCCUCGCCGCACUCGCCCUCGGCGGCGCCGCAACGGCUGAAGGACCUGGCGGCGCGGAUGGCGGCGGUGCCCGUGAUGGGCGGCGUCCUGAGGCUGCCCAGGAAGAUCGGGACUCACACGCUGCAGGUCUUCAGCGCUCAGCAGCUGGCGCAGUGGCUGGCGGCGGCGGGCGAGCCCGACCCUCAGGCCACCGCCGCGCAGCUGCUGUCGUACAACAUCAUCACGCCCGCCGCCGCCAACCGCGCGGAGGCGGACCGGCUAGCCGCCAAACUGGCAGCGGCCGUGAAGACGGCGAGCAGCGGCAUCCACGGCGCCGAGGAAGUGCCGUUCGCGCUGACGUGUGAGGCGCCGGAGCCGGAGAGCGGCGAGGCGCUGAAUGUGCAGUUCUGGUGGCAGGGCCCGGCGCGGCCAGCCAACGAGGUGGCCACGGGCCUGCGGGAGCUCAUCCUGCGCCUGUACGACAAGCACCUGAGCGCUGACGGCCGCGCAGUGAGCUACGGCGCGCUGCGGUCCGACCCGCAGUUCCGCGAGUUUGUGACGGCCACCGCCGAGCUACAAAAGGUGGACCUGGCGCCGCUGUCGCGCGAGGAGCUCAUUGCGUUCGCCAUCAACCUGUACAACGCGCUGGUGGUGCACGCGCUGGUGGCGCUGCGCCUCACCCGCAUGAGCACGGCGCAGCGGGCCACCUUCUACAGCCGCACCGCCAAGUACGACAUCGGCGGCCUGGACUACACCGCUGACGACCUGGAGCAGGGGGUGCUGCGCGGCAACCGGGCCGGCGCCUCCAACCUGUGGAACCUGCUGGGGCUGCACGGCCUGGCAGGCGGCUUCUGGAAGAACGACAACCCGCGACUGGCCAAGGUUGUGCGCCCCAUGGACCCGCGCAUCCACUUUGCACUUGUGUGCGGCGCUAAGUCCUGUCCGCCCAUCCGCCUCUACUCGGCUGCCAACCUGGAGGAGGGGCUGGCGGCGGCGGCGGAGGCCUUCGUGGGCGGCGAGGUGGAGGUGGAUGUGGGCAAGCGGGAGGUGCGGCUGUCCAAGAUAUUCAAGUGGUAUGCAGUGGACUUCGGCGCCAACCAGGCCGAGCGACUGGCCUACGUGGCCAGCCUCAUGCAGCAGCCGGCGCGGGGGCAGUUGGAGGGGCUGCUGGCGGCGGCGGCGGCGGGCGGGCCACAGAUCCGCGUCUCGUACAAGGAGUACGACUGGAGCCUGAACGGCACGGACUGAGCGGCUUUGUUGAUUCUGAGAAUGGUGUGUUGUCUAGUUGCAUGGAUAUGUGAUGAUACUGGGCGUAUGUAUACUGAUGUCUGAGUUGCAAAGUUGGCCGGGAUGGUGCCAUGGGGGGGAUUCGAACGUACAACAUGGUUGAGGAAUGGAGUUCGGUCAGCCGGGGUCAUCCGUAAGCGCGGAGUCAAGUCCAUCUUCGCAUACUUGUCGAAGAAUGGACAGUAGCUUACAUGCAUGUGGGCCUGGCCGGAUCAGGGCGUUGGCUGUUUGCCUGAGAUGGUUACCUGAGGGAGUUAUGAUAUCAAGAAUGCGGAUGUUACAGAGGGGACAGUCCCAGCACCCGAAGACGCCGAGCCAUCACAUGCUAUCAGGGCCCAACAUGACUCCACCAACCCCGACUUUGCUGCAAACCCUCCCGCGGGCAAAGUCCGUGUGACUCCGCGCACAGUGCGCAUCGGCUAUGCUAUCCGCGCGGUGUGGCGUCGCAUUGAGUCUGUGUGGUGCUAUCGCCUUGGCCGGGCGCCCGGAGCGUGAGGAAUGCGCGUCAGCAAAACAUCGACACAACCUGCCAGCUACCGUCGGUACAGGAACGCAGCGCAUUGAUCAGGGCCGCACGCCUGGUCCGCAGCACAGGUGUGGUGGUGGCGCCUUACCUGACGUCCGUAGGGUGUGCACUGCGCAAGGAGCAACUCGGAGCUUUCGAAGGGUUUCGAGCAGCAGGGCUGAAGCCCCGAUGGAAGGGAGGGGCGGGCAUUCGGUGCCGAGGCACCUAAUCACCUAGGCUGACGGGCUAGCAGUUGACGUAGUUGGCAUUGAGUAGUACAGUCGAACACGCCUAACUUCGUUGCGCAAAGUAAGUUUCCCGGCGUUAUAAGGGCCCACCGGCCCGGGCCACUGGUACUUACGGGGACAGGAUAGCACGCAUGCUCGUGCACACCACCUUGUAACCAACAACAACA